AUGAAGUCAGGUCCCAUUGAGCUUGGUGAGAGCAAGAGUUUAAGCCCCAAAGCUGGUGUAAGAAGAGGGGUGUCCAUACUUGACUUCAUCUUGAGGAUACUUGCAUUCAUUGGUACCCUGGGGAGUGCAAUUGCCAUGGCAACAACCAAUGAAACACUUCCUUUCUCCACACAGUUUAUUCGGUUCAGGGCCGAGUACGACGAUCUUCUAACACUCACGUUUUUUGUGGCUGCCAAUGGCGUUGUAAGCGCCUAUCUGCUUUUCUCUCUCUCGAUUUCCAUCUUCAACAUCGUGAGGAGCAAUGCACAGAGCAGUAGAAUUCUUUUGGUCAUCCUUGAUACGGCAAUGCUUGGUCUUUUAACUGCCGGAGCUUCUGCAGCGGCAGCUAUUGUGUACUUGGCACACAAUGGAAAUGCGAGGGCAAAUUGGUUUCCCAUCUGCCAACAAUUCAACUCCUUCUGCGAGCGUAUCUCUGGCUCCUUGAUCGGAUCCUUCAUCGGAGUUGCAGUGCUCAUCCUACUAAUCUUGUUGUCCGCAGUGGCUCUUUCUCGCCGUAAAUAG